AUGGAACAGCAACUCCUAGACAUUUUACCAAAACAUUGGAAUGUGUUCAUCAUCAAUGGUGAUGCACGGCCUGUAACAACAGCUCUUCGAAAACAAAUACGAAAACUGAGUCCCAACCUAGAUCAAGCAUCUGAUACAAAACCAAUCUUGGUUUCUGCUGGAUAUAUUGUGAAACCAAAGCCUCGUCAUAAAAACGGAAGAAAUGAUAUUUGUUCUGGCUCACCAAAUUCAAAAAAUAUCACACAGCUUCAACCAGUCGAGAACUUACAAGCACCGAUUGUUCAACCAGUACAAAUGGCAUCCACUGAAGGUAUUACUGCAACAGGUUCAAAUGAUACAGUGAUGUUUCAGUCAACCGCAAACUUAGUAACAUCAAUUACUGUACCAAUACAAAAUGGAACAAUACAGUCUGAUAUAGCAGAAAAGAUAAAUGAUACUGUGAUACUUCAUUCAAUUGCAAAUUUAGUAAACCCAAUUGCUCUACGAAUACAGAAAGCAUCGAAUGAACCUGAGUUUACGCAUUUAUAUUCAUCAAAAUCAUAUGUUCAACUUAAACUAAAAUCUGCUCAUGGUAAAGUUUUUGAUGAAGUUGUCUAUAAAUAUUUAUCUAUGACUUAG